ACAUCUCGCUUCGAGGCUGCUGCAGCCCAAGCCGCCUCAAAGCGCGCAGAUCAGAAUCCUCCCCCUUCUCUUCGUGAGCCAGCAGGGAAGGAAGGAAGGAAGGAAGGAAGGGGAGCUAGCAGCACCGCGGGUAGGAUGGGGGUAGGCGAGUGCAAGAGCAACGACUACGGCGCCGCCGCAUACUGGGACGCCCGUUACUCCUCCGGCUCCCCAGCUUCCGCCGCCGCCGCCGCCGGCUGUGGGUUCUUCGACUGGUACCAGACGUACCCGGCGCUGCGGUCGCUCCUCCGCGCCCGCGUGCCGACCUCCUCCCGCGUCCUCAUGCUCGGCUGCGGCAACUCCCUUUUGUCAGAGGAUAUGGCGAAGGAUGGUUAUGAGGACAUUGUAAACAUAGACAUUUCAUCUGUGGUCAUCGAGCAGAUGAGAGAGAAACACAAGGAGAUCACACAGCUAACAUAUAUGCAGAUGGAUAUUAGGGACAUGGGUUUCUUUGGUGAUGAAUCAUUUGAUUGUGUCCUUGAUAAAGGAACCAUGGAUGCUAUGAUGUGUGCUGAUGAUGCUCCUCAUGGUGCUUCCAAAAUGCUAGCAGAAGUGGCAAGGCUUCUGAUGCCUCAUGGGGUCUACCUGUUGAUAACAUAUGGUGCUCCUAAGGAACGAGUCCCACUUUUGAACCAGUCCGGAUGCAGCUGGAGUAUUGCACUCUACAUCAUGCCCACACCUGGAUACCUACUGAGAAUGAGUGAAGGUGCUCCACAGCCUAUCAUGGAGGAAGUUACACUCACAGACGAUGGGCAACUACCACCUGACUAUGUUCUCAAAGAUCCAGAGUCGCAUUUCAUUUAUGUCUGUCACAAGUUGGCAGAGAAAGGGGCUAAUUGCAGAGAUACUGAUCCAGGGGAAACAGCAAAUUCAAAUUAAUUCAUUCCCAUCUUUAAUUUAAAUUAAUUCAUUCCCAUCUUGAAUUUUUGAUUUUUUGUUUACUGCUGGGGGAGUUCGUUGCUGUAUUGGCGUAGUCGGAGCUUGUGAUUUUGUGUCCUGUGUUACCCUUCGUAUGAAUAAUACAUUACACCCUUCCGCUUGCACGAGAGCGAUCAGUUAGGGUGUUUUGUUUGAGAAAUGAGUUAUUUAUCAUAUUUUCA